AUGUUCCCUCUGCCCGGUGCUCCCCGCCAGCAGCCCAUAGACCCGAGCAAGCUCCAGGCCAUCAUGAACCAGCCCGGCGGCCAGGUCAACAGUGCGGCUCUGAAGCCGAGCAACUCGCGCCAGGCCAAGCGACUGCUCAUCAACAACCUCCCCCCCUCGGCGACCGAGGAAAGCAUCCAAAGCUUCUUCAACCUGCAGCUGAACGGACUGAACAUUAUCGAGAGCGCCGACCCCUGCACUAGCUGUCAGGUAUCGAAGGACAACUCGUUUGCCGUUGUCGAGUUCAGAAACGCAUCCGAGGCCACCAUCGCGCUGGCCCUUGACGGAAUCUCGAUGGAGGCCGACGAUGCCACCAAUGGGGAAGCAGCCAAUCAGGGUCUGUCAAUCCACCGGCCAAAGGAUUACAUCGUCCCGGCUGUGGUCGAUGAUGUGCCCUACGAGCCUGGUGUCGUGUCCAACGUCGUUAUCGAUACGCCAAGCAAGCUCAGCAUUGCCAACUUGCCCACCUACCUCUCGGACGAGCAGGUUUCGGAGCUGUUGGUGUCCUUUGGUGAGCUCAAGGCGUUUGUCCUUGUUCGCGACAGAAGCACAGAGGAGUCUAGGGGAAUUGCGUUCUGCGAGUACGUCGACCCUGCGGCCACGGACGUUGCCAUCCAGGGCCUCAAUGGCAUGGACCUCGGCGACAAGAAGCUCAGGGUUCAGAAGGCUAGUGUGGGCGUCACUCAGGUUGCUGGAGUGGAGAUGGGCGUCGCCGCUAUGUCUAUGCUGGCUGGAACAACCUCAACGGACUCUGGGGAGACCCGUGUCCUGCAGCUUCUCAACAUGGUGACGCCCGAGGAGCUGAUGGACAAUGACGAUUAUGAAGAAAUCAAGGAAGACGUCCAGGAGGAGUGCUCCAAGUUUGGCAACGUCCUCGACAUCAAGAUUCCUCGGCCAGUGGGUGGCAGCAGACAGUCUGCCGGCGUUGGCAAGAUCUUUGUCAGAUUCGAGAACACCGAGUCGGCCAAGAAAGCGCUUCAAGCGCUUGCGGGACGCAAGUUUGCGGACAGAACCGUCGUCACGACCUAUUUCCCCGAGGAGAACUUUGAGGUCGGCGCUUGGUGA